AUGCAUCACAAAGCGGAAAGGCUGGCCCCGGUCAAGCUAGAUGCCGUAGCAUCGCCUCCUUCCAACAUCGCCGUGCCUCUAUGUCAAGCAGGUCCCUGCCGGUUGUUUACCACCCACUUCGAGUGCUAUGCCAGCGACCCAUCUGUGUGGGAAAAUAUGGGCCGGGACCACCCUGCGAUGUUUUCUGGGACGGGCUUGAUUGGCCGGGACAAGGCCAUCGAACCACCGUCCCCGUUGUUGUUAUGGCAGGCCCACCGCGACCCAAGCAAGUCCGGAGUCCGGAGUACAGAGUACGUCGACGUCGAACUGCGCUCUUGGCCGCUCCUCGGCUGCCUCUGGGCUCUGUGGCUCUGGGCCCUGUGA